UAGAAGGGCAAGAGGUAAAGCAAGAUAAAUAGGAAACACAAGCUAAGCAAUAAAAUAAGUAGUAAAAACGAUUGAACAACCAAGAGACGCCAGGGAAGAUCAUAACGAAGCAUAUGAGUCAUUUAGAGCAACAAAUGUAUGAAUAAUUAUGGAUGAUACCAAAAAGGCAUUUAUUGACCGGUUUGUGCAAUCAGUACUCCACCAUGGUCCAUCUCUGAUUACUUUAACAAGAGAUGAACAAGGUGACGGGCAAGGUUCAGUCACGGAGUUCCUUCAUCCCAGUGCAGAGAACAGUUCUGCCUUGAAUUACUUCAAGAACAGGCUUCAUGUAAGCACUCCCAUGGAUGAAAAAAGUAAAUUAUUGGAAGUAGUCAGUGAAACACAACAGAAGUCUGAGUAUAAGGGCAUACAUUGUAUAUCAGAUAGUGAACAAGAAAUGAAACGAUGUGAAGACAAAGAUAAAGAUUUUCACCAGAGAGUAAAAAGAUUUAUUGCCUCCAAGGCAGACUUGUUGUUCACCUUGGAAGGAAAGGGGAAAUUAAGAAGAGGAACUGACUAUGGCAUGCAUUCAAACCAAGAAGUGUUAGAUCUCUAUGCUGAAACACCUCCCCUUGAAACAUUAAUGGAGGUUCCUUUACUUGUCCGGAGGAAACGGUUGUUCGAUUGUUUGAACGAAGGAGACAUUGUCAUCGGUAAGGUGGCUUUCAAAAGACCAUUUGGCAUCACAGUGACACUGACUAUGCUGGAGUUUGGUUGUAAAAGAGACUUCACUGAUCUUGACAUACAGGCCCAGUGUAAAAUAACUGAGUUGAAUAGUUCAGAAAUGACCAGAGAAUACAAAGAUCCUACUGAUGCUUAUGUUGUUGGUGAUGUUGUUAGAGGAGUAAUCACAGGUGUGAAUCCACAAGAGGAGAGAGUCUUUGUAUCAUUGAAACAGUCAAGAUUGCCUGAAGAACAUAAACACUUACAUCUGGGUGUGAUUGACAAUCAAGAUACAAGUAUUCAGAGGAUGUGGAGUGAUCCAGAAGGAUUGGAGUUUGAAGAACAUCUGAAAAGGAGCAAAGGUUUUAACAACCCAAGGAAUAUUGAUACACUUGUUGAUGUGCUCGGCAUUGAUACACAUGCCCCUUGCUCCCUGUUGAGAGGAUUCCAAAGAUAUGACUGUCCUAAAGAGGAAUAUGCAGAACAGCUUAGAAGACAACAAUCUGCCAAGUGGUCAAUGGACACCACUGCCAAGGGAGUGGAACAUUUUAAGGCAGGGAGUUAUGACACUGCCUUGAAGCACUUUAAGCAUGCACUGCAGAUUGAUGGUAAAAAUGUUGAGGCAAUGGUUGCACAAGGAGCUCUUUUUGCCAACCAAGAUCAGCUUACCACUGCUGUUAAGAAUUUUAAAGAUGCACUGGAAAUUUGUCCAAGCCACAGAAAUGCCAACAAAUAUCUCACAGCAACUCUAGUUGAGCUUGGAAUACAACAAGAAAAAGAAGGUCUUUUGAGAGAAGCAAUGCAGACUUUCAGAGAAGCCCUGGGACUAGAUUCUAACCAGCAAACUGCAAAAGAGCAUUUGGAAAAUUUAAAGCAACAACUUAAGCUAAUGGAGCAGAAGAAAUCACAGGCUGCAGCAAGGGCUGACAAAGGGCUCAAGAGCAGAUUCAGUCAUGUGCGAGAGCUCAUACUAGAAGAACAAACUCAGGCAAGGAAGAAACAAAAAAGAAAACACAGAAAGAAGAAAACGGUUAAGCAUCAGAAGAAGAAGAAAAAGAAAUUAAGAGUGAAAGUUGGACAUCAUUCGAAGAGAUCAUCAAACUCGUCAUCUCAGAGCUCUAGUGAAUCUUUCAGUAGUGAAAGUGAAUCUUCAACACAGUCAAGUGGCAGUGAUGAAUGGGUGGAAAGUACUGCAAUUGAAAAGAGAACUAAAGUGGAUAGAAAGAAACACAAACAUUCUAAAAGACAUGAGAGGUUCAAUCAGAAUGUGAAAGAAAGUCAUGUUCUUACUGACAGGUCAAAAAAUGACAAAUAUUCACAUGAACUUUAUCACUGGACUGAUUCUGACUUAAAAAAUGUAAACAAGGAACCCAGCUUAAGGCAAAACCAACUGAAAGUUGAAGAAAGAGAAAGAAGAAAAAGCCCUAAGCCUUCAAAGUCACUAGUAAGUUCCAGCAUUGACAGAGAGAAGGUAAAAGAUGAUAAAGAAUUAGUGGAAAGUAGGUCUAGAAAAAGAAAAAACAGUGAGCAAGAGUCUUAUCAACAAAAAAGUAAGGGUCCAUUGUGUUUAAAAAGUGCUCAUUUAUCAGAUAUGGAUGGUUCUGCGUCAUCCAACAUCUGCGAGAAUUCUAUCACAGGAAUGCUGAAGAGGAUCAGAGAGCAUAGUGACAAAAAUAACAAGUUGAAGGAAACAAAUGUAAGAGAAACCUUACAUGUAGGUGCUACUCCAAGUUAUAAGUCUGCCACUGUGACUGGUAAGGGAAGUAGAGUGGGAGCUCCCACCUCUAAAAGGGAGAAGAACAACAUAGAGAAAGUUGAAGAAGGCUCUGCAUGUAAGGUACAAAAUGUUACUGUAGCCCAUUUUCCUGACUCUACAGGUGGCUACAGAGAUGCUGGUAGUUCAAGUGCAAGCACUAAAACAAAAUUUCUCCAUGCACAAAAUCAGCACAGUGAGUUCAUGAGGGACAGAAAAUCAUCACUAGUUACUUAUGACACAAGUUCUGAUGAAGAACAACUCGUGUCAUACAGUUAAUAGUCAAUCUAGAAUAUUGUAUUUGGUUAUUAUUUCAAGUAGACCAGGCAAUGAAACAUAUAGUAAGCCACCUAAAUUUUAAAUAUUACCAAUCAUGUCAAACUUUAUUGAGGAGCCUCAAAAUUAGGUGGCUACUUAUCACCUUGUAUGAAGAUUUUCAUAGCUUUGAGUGGGCCAGUUUUAAUUGAGGGGGAAAGAAAAUAUCUGGAAAGAUAAAAUUUUUAUAGGGACUUUUCACCCCAACCCCACUUCCCCCUUACCCAGCCUUAAGUUGCCUAAUGAACCCCUUCUCCAUUGUUACACAAUUCCAACUAACCCACUCCCCUUUCCCGUCAAGUUGAGGCAGUAAUUUUGGAAUUUGGAAUUGUGUAGGUUGAGAGGGGAUGGGUAUUGAUCUUCUCUUCUGUGUUGAAUGUACCAAUCAAUAUAAAAAGUUCAUUUUUUCUUUGAACCACGACUGAAUUUGUCCCUUUUCCAUCUAGGAGAAUCUGCAACUAAAAUCCUGUCAUCCCUAUUUAACCACUAUAAAAAUACCUUUGACCACCCAGUUUUUUUCCCCUUUUUAUAAGUAAUAUGAUCUCUGUGACACAAUUCCUGACUUUGAGAACCACCUUUGUUGUUCUAGUGAAAGUGGUGUACUGAUUAUAAGAAUAUUUUGCUGAAGUUAUGAUAAGAACCUUGGCACAGGCCAUUUUAUGAAUCUAUUUCCUGAAAAGAAAAAAAGGGGUCAGAACCAGUAUUAGACUGGUUAAUCACUGGUAGCUCUAAAUAAAUAUUUUAUUUUGAUUCA